AAGCUGCAGCGCAGACAGCGCAUGCACUCGCGCGUGGAGGCGCUGCUGAAUGUGGUGAAGGACCAGCAGACUCAGUACCAGCAGGCGGCCGAAUUGCUAAGCGUGCGUGUGGCCAAAUACGUCACAGCGCAACAAGCAACGACGAAUCAGGCCGCAGCGACCAAGGCGAGCUCGUCGGCGACGCAGUUCACUCGGGGGCUGGAGCUGCAGGCGCUGCAGACGGAGCUGUUGGAGCUCAAGGGCGCCGUCAUGGACACUUUCCUGCAGCCGAGAGUGGAAACGAAGGUGGUGGAGGUGACCAAGGAGGUGACCAAGGAGCUGCCGAUACUGCUUCGGCCAGCGGAAGUGAGCGUGUCGGACAGAGUGGCACGACAAAGUACAGCAAAGAUCGUGCGUGACUCUGCUGGGCGUGUGGAGAGCACGAAGCCCGUUGCAGCUCCCCACGUGGAGAGUGAUAACAAGCAACCCGAGGCUCCAACUCAUGAGGAAGGCGCUAAGACUACAGUCGAGCGCAGACGAGAUCAAACAACUAUGACAACCGCUGAAAUUACCGAGCUGUUCGGACAGUUCGACGAGGAGCUGUCGACCGCCGGAAGCUAUCGCAUGCUGUUCGCGACUUCAUAA